AUGAAUCUAUUGGGGCACGGAGCGGGCGCCGAUAACCAAGGAAAUGGGUUCCUUAAACUCAGGCAGGCUGCCGCCGUGAGAAGGAGCUCGCGCAGUGGGCACUCCGACGGCCAGGUGCCUCCACACCUCCUCGCGAAUGCGGCCGCGGCGGCGGACCACGCCUACGCCCGAACGGCCAGUAAUACGGCCAGGACGGCGAGGGCGGGCGCAAUAACGGAGCGGGAUAUCGAUAUGGCGGCGGCGGAGACAUUCCGGGAGGGCAUACGCGCCCGCGAUGUGACGGACGGGGGCAUCUUGCGGGGCUGCGACUUGAUCGGGGACAUCGAAAGCGAGUUGAGCCACUCUGUGGAUGACAGCCUGGACUUGGGCCUCUCAAGCUCGUGCAGGCUCGACGCCGCGGAGUCUAACUACUUCAGGGACCCGGAAAACAAUGGCAUCCGCAACAUCACCGACGUCCUGUCGUUCGACAAGCGACUGGGCCAGGGUGUCUACGGAGACGUGUUCCUCUGCCACCUACGCGCUGAUCGCACGAAACGCUUCGCGGUGAAACGUAUACAGCAGGCGCCUUCACCGGUGGAGAAGAUCUUCGGACUCGACCAGAACAUUAUAAAGGAGCUGCACGCACUGAGGGCGCUCAAGAGGCCGCACGCCAACAUCGUGCGGCUCUACGACUUUUGCUCCGCGAUGGAGACGCUAGUCCCGCGCAACUCGUCGAAGCCGUCGCCGAAGGACGCGAAGAAGAAGUGCGUGGCCUUCUACCUCAUCUUCGAGCUGUGCGACAUGGACCUGAGCCAGUUCGUCAAGGAGGCGUCGCUCAAGUACAAGGCGCACGAAAUGGACCUCUUCAGCACCACCAGCGAGCACGUGGACGGCGAGUACCACAUCGAGGAUAUCAUAAACCAGUGGUGCACGCUCUACCUCAAGAAGCGGCAGGACGACGCCUUCAAGGACGGCGGGCCGGGCAUCGCCGUGCGCAGCGAGAGGAUCCCGCUGCCGGGUCUACCCGAGGAUAUCGUAAAGGUCAUCAUGUACCAGAUGCUGCAGGGGCUCGCGUACAUCCACUCCAACAGAAUAAUCCACAGGGACAUCAAGCCCCAAAACAUACUGCUGAAGAAGACCAACGGCGUUUUCGACUCGCUCGAAGCGCUCAAAUCGCCCAGCGCCUGGCAAGUGAAGAUCGGUGACCUGGGGCUAUCGACGAUCGUCCCGGCCAGGUACCUCACUACGAUGACGGAGGAGGUGGUGACGCUGCUGUACCGGCCGCCGGAGCUGCUGCUAGGCGACUGCAAGUACACCACGGCGGUGGACAUAUGGUCCACCGCCGCCAGCGUUGGCGAAUGCCUGCUGGGCAAGCCGAUGUUCAGGGCAAGGACCGAGUUCAGCGUCCUGAUGCGCAUCAUCUGCACCGUGGGCGCGCCACUGGUCGAUGAAAUGCCCGAUUUCGCCAAGCAGCUCAAGUACCUCACCGACAGCAUGCCCAAGGUGACCAGGGACGCCAGGUCGUCGCUCAGGAAGAUGUUCACGGACCACUUCGGGAGGCAGCUGCUCAGCGAGACGGGGCUUGACCUGUUCGUGAAGAUGCUGCAGUUCGUGCCCGAUAAGAGGAUCACGGCCGAGCAGGCGCUCAAACACCCGUGGUUCGACGACAUAGAGUCGCUGCUCAAGCCCUCCAUCGCUAAGUCCUACCACAGCCUCGAGCGGGCGUUCCCCAAAGGGCAGCGCGAUAUGCUGCCGCUUCCGUUCAAAGGCGACCUCGCUGAGUUCAAGACGCAGCUGCGCAAGGCGACGCUCAAACCGGCCUCCAUUGACGAGCCGUACAUGCAGUUUGUUUUCCCGUGA